AUGAUGGUGGAUAAUGAAGGAGAGUUGGGACACUAUGAAGAGGAUCAUGAUGAUGAAUUGAAUGCACCAAUCAUGAUAAAUACAAUAUCAUCUUCAUCAUCAUCGACGAAUAUGUUAUUCUCAUCAUCAUUAAAUUAUUUAUUGAAGGAUGAAGAGGAAGAUGAAGGCAGAGCUGCUGAAUAUUAUGAAGAAGAGGAAGCAGGUAUUGUUAAUGGGAAAGAUCUGGUGGAUCAUGAUGAGAAGGAAGGAGGAGAACAUUUGCCAACUAUAACUGAUAUAAUACAUCAUGAAGAGGAUGAGGAAAAAGGAGAGGAAUUGAAAAAGAAUGUAGUGAUGAAAUAUUGGGAUUCAUUUACUCAGUCACAGUUUUAUGUACACAUGUUAAUGUUUUCGACUUUAUUGACUUUUGGAGGAUUUUGUGUGUUGGCACCAAAUCCAAUCAGAACCAUGAGACCAACAAUUUUUGCAUUUGUUAGAAGUUUUUUGAUGGUUAUUUGUUAUUUUGUCUUGUCAUUAAUUGUAGAUCGAAAUUAUUCAUUUAGAUCAGAGAGAUUCUUAUCGAGAAUUAAAAAUCCAAUACUGAGAUACCUUUACAAAAAGACACCAAGUUUUAAGGAUUUUAAGAGAAUGGUAGUGUGUGGAUCCAUGUACAUGUUGAAUAUGGUACUUUUUGUGAUUGGUAUGAAAAUGAUUAAUGCAACCAUUGCUGCUAUUGUUCAACCAUUGGUUGCUGUUGAGGUUUGCCUUAUUUCAAUAUUUUUGGGAAGGGAAGCUAGUUCAAUUGUUAAAAUUUUGGGAGUUGUUAUUUCUGCUAUGGGAGCUAUGGCCAUGCUGAUUAUUCCUUCACUUACGAAGGAGAAGGCGGCUAUAACUGAGGAAACCCAAGCAUCAGAAUCAUCGGCAUUGGAAGCAUUUUCUUUUACCAUUGGUAUGAUAAUCCUUAUUCUCAAUACUGUGGCCUAUGCUUUCUAUUUGAUUUUAUUGAAGAAAUUGUUGAAUAAGAAAAUUCCUGGAAUUACUUUGAAUUUUUGGACUUUUUUGGGAGGAUUGUUUAUUCCAUUUUUAGCUGCACUCUAUAAUAUAAGAGAUUUUGAAAUUAGGAGAUUGGAUGAUAUGUCAUAUAUUGGAAUGGCCUAUGCUGUUCUUAUUCAUGGAACUUUUAGCUUUAUAUUGAGUUCAAAAGCAUCAAGUUUAACAAGCCCAACUGUGAUUGGAAUUUAUUCAACCAUUUCUCCAACAGUUACAACAGCAAUGACUGUAUUGAUUUCUGGAGAGGAGGUUUCAUUGUGGAUCAUACCAGGUGCUUUGGGAAUAUUCCUAGGUGUCAUAAUGGUAAUUCUGGCCAAGUGGAGAGAAGGUAAGGCAGCUGCAAAAGAACUAGCAGCAACUAUUGAUAAGAAUGAAACCACCACGAGUACUGAACUGGAGGAUGUUAAUAGUAUUGAACUGUCGCCUGCCGAUAAGGAAAAUCAAGAGGACAAAUAA